AUUCAGUUCCCUAAUUAACCUAAGAAUCUUGUUGCCAAGUUUUAAGAACAUAUAAACAACCCGCCAGAAACCUCUGCCCAAAGGGUCAACCAUAUAUAUGUAUAUAUGCUUGCACCAAAGAUCAAAACUUUGAUCCCCAAAUUCUGUUCAUUUUCUUCACCUGUCAAACAAAUGAACAAGAAGAAGAAAAUCCAACAUCCCGGCAAAGCAGCAAUCAAAAUCACGAAAUCCCCGACAAAAACCUUAAAAAGAUGUACAACCUCGGCAGCCAUUGUAGUAGACCAGCAAAAACCAAAGUCAAGAGCAAAACCCAACUCCCAUUUUCAAGAAAACCACGAAUUAGUGCUCGAAUCAUCAAUAUCUUUGAAUUUCCUCGAAAAAUAUCCAAUCUUGGGUCCUGAUUUCUACCAAAUUGAUGCCCUUGAUCUUGCCCCACGUUUGCUGGGAAAGCAUCUCAGGAAAGAUGAUGUCAUUCUCCGAAUUACUGAGGUCGAAGCUUAUAGACCGGAUGACUCAGCUUGCCACGGUCGAUUCGGUAUUACUGCAAGGACUGCCCCUGUUUUUGGCCCCGGGGGGCAUGCUUAUGUGUAUCUUUGUUAUGGUCUCCAUAACAUGCUCAAUGUGGUGGCGGAUAAGGAAGGAAACGGAGCAGCUGUUCUCAUUCGUGCCUGUGCUCCUGUUGCUGGAUUGGACACCAUUCAGCAGCGCCGGGGUUUAACGUCUGAGAAGCCGGUUCUUCUUGCAGGACCUGGAAAGGUUGGUCAAGCAUUGGGGAUUUCGACAGAGUGGUCAAACCAUCCUCUUUUCACUCCUGGUGGUUUGGAACUUUUAGAUGGACCCGAACCAGAAAAGAUACUCGUUGGUCCAAGAAUUGGUAUCGACUAUGCUUUGCCUGAGCAUGUUAAUGCACUAUGGAGAUUUGCAGUAGCUGAUUCUCCAUGGAUAAGUGCACCUAAAAAUACUCUCAGGCCACCGUAAUUUGUAUACAAACGACAAAGGUUUGAAUCGAACCGGAUUAUUUUUUUAGUACGUGUAAUAUAUAAAGGCAGAUGAGAAACUGAUAUAAUAAUAUAAAUAAAUCAUUCAUCACUUAU